AUGAAAUCGAGAACUAUUCGGCUAAAUAGCGGAUACGACUGCCCUCUGGUAGGCAUCGGAACGGGUGGCUUCAGAACCGGAGGUCCGCCGCAGGGAAAAGUGGCCAUUCAGUUGAUUCACGACGCUAUCGACUCCGGGUAUAGACAUAUCGACACCGCAUCCGCCUAUGGGAACGAGAAGGCCAUCGGACAGGCGGUCACUGAAGUGUUGGCCAAAGGAGUGAUCAAACGGCAAGAGUUGUUCAUUACAACUAAACUAAUGCCAAACCCAACCAACACUCGGGAGGAAACGCUAAAAUCAGUUCAAUUGUCGAUACAAAACUUGAACACAUCAUACGUGGACCUAAUGCUCAUACAUAUGCCAUCCGAUGAUGUGGCCGUCAAUGACAAAGUGUGGUCAGCUCUGGAGGAAGCCGUCGCUCAGAAAUUAAUCAGAUCUAUCGGUGUUUCCAACUUUAAUGCUCAACAAAUUGAUAGUCUGUUAAAGAAUGCGAAAGUAGUUCCGGCGAUGCUUCAGGUGGAGAGUCAUCCGCAGGUCAAUCAAAGACAACUCAUUAGUUAUAGUGAUAAACACGGUAUACAUUUGACCGCAUACUCGCCAUUAGGCGCCGGAACUCUCAUAAAGAAUCCAACGAUUGUCUCAAUCGGCAAAAGUCAUAACAAGUCUGCGGCGACAGUAAUGAUCAGAUGGCAGGUCCAGAGGGGUGUCGUCGCCAUCCCUAAGAGCCUUAAGUUAAAUUAUAUCAAAGAAAACAUCGAUGUCUUUGACUGGACUUUAACUGACAAUGAGAUGAAAGUUAAUAACACUAUUAAUGAAUAUGUGAUACUAUCUAUUGCUUUGGCUGAUGAUAAUGCUUCGAAGACAUUUCGGCUGAACAAUGGAGUUGACUGUCCGGUCAUAGGUCUGGGGACGGGUGGCUUCGAUGGCGCGCCUCAGGGAGAGCUCGUCAAACAGAUGGUGAGGGAUGCGAUUGAUGUGGGCUAUCGUCUCAUCGACACCGCAGCCUAUUAUGGCAACGAAGAGGCCAUCGGCGACGCCGUCAACAAAGUGGUCACGAGUGGCAAAGUCCGUAGAGAUGAGCUGUUCAUAUCGACCAAGGUGUUUUUGCUUAUCGGUCAAAGUAUACACAUAUCUCGGGCCGAAACCGUAGAGAACGUGCGAAUAGGGAUACAGAAACUGAACCAAACGUAUGUCGAUAUGAUUUUGUUUCACUUUCCCUCUGAAUCCGAUGAAAUCAAUCGCGAGGUCUGGAGUGGACUCGAAGACGCCCUAAACCAGGGUCUGGUUCGAGCGAUUGGUGUUUCCAACUUCAAUGUCCAACAAUUGGAAAGUCUGAUCCAAACGGCGAAUGUAUUGCCAGCGAUGAACCAAAUUGAAAGUCACCCCCAAUUGAGUCAAAGACAACUUCUGGACUAUUGUUCCCGAUAUAAGAUACGAGUGACCGCUUACUCGCCAUUAGGCGCCGGAACUCUUAUCUCAAAUUCCAAACUUAUUUCAAUUGGAAAUAAAUACAACAAAACUUCGGCACAAGUGAUGAUCAGAUGGCAAAUACAGAGAGGAGUUGUGGCCAUUCCUAAGAGCACUAAAGCUAAUAGACUUCGAGACAAUUUCAAUGUCUUUGACUUUAGUCUUACCGAUGAAGAGAUGAAUAUUAUUGAAAACAUGUAA